UUUUAAAAUCAGUGAUUGUGGUUUUGAAAAAUAACCGCCCAUCUGGUAGAUUUGAGUGAGUUGUUGUGAGUGAGCUGCACAGACGUCUUGAGAGACCCGACCACAUCCCGGCGUUCAGAAGAGUUGGUAACUCUAGGAAAGGACUGGUAGGGUUGACGAGUGGACGCGGGGCAGGCAUGGGUUGCAGCCACAGCAAGAGGAAAAACAAAGCGAAGGAGGAGGAGAAAACGGUGAAGGAAGUCAACAACAUCAAGAUGGAGGAGGAGGAAGCAGAGUAUUUGGAUGAUGUUUGGGAGCCACCCCUCCCCAGCAAGCGCCCCCGCCGGUCAAGGUCUUCACCCCCCCACUGUUAUGUCAAUCACCCCGAUCAUGCCUUCAACAACUGCCUAAGUAAAGUCCCUCUGGAGGAGCUGAACGUGGAUCUAGAAACGGAGAAGCAGCUGGGUCAGUAUGAGUGGCAGCUGMAGAUCCUACGGGAGGUGCUGUCUGCAUCUGGGACCCAGGAGAGGGAGGAGCUACUAAAAGACCCAACCCAAGGAGAGCUCUGUGCCCUGGUCCACAACAUCAUUGAGAAGUUUUGUGGCAGAACGGCAAGGACCGGCCCUGCUGAGAAGAGACCCCACCAGGCAGCAGAGAAAGUGUUGAAGGAGGAGGUAGAGGAGCUGACUACAGAGCUCCACGUGUACAAUGAGUUAAAGAAGAGAGUUGACGAGUCUACCUUCAAGAAGGACCUGCAGCGGAACAUUCAGGCCCACGGCAGUCCUGGGCCAUUCUGGGAGCGGGAGCAGGAGAGUCUGCUGUUUGUCAUUGAGAUGAAGAGUGAACGUAUCCAGGCGCAGGGGAACAAACUGCUACAGAUGCAGGGUCUGGUGGAGAAGAAUCUGUCUCUAGAAGACCAGGUCAUAAAUGUUCUACAGAACAACGAGGACCUGAGGGUUCGUAUCGACAACCAUCAAAGCCUUCUACAGCAGCUCUCCAAGGAGCACCAGGACCUUCAGGGGGCGUUAGACAGGCAGGCAGGUCUCAGUCAGAGGCUCACCCAGGAGAAAGAGCAACUCAUGUUUAAACUGAAGCACAGAGACUCCUGUUCUACCUUCCCAUCCUUCCCCAUAGUGUCUGAGAUCUCCCCUAGCUGAUCUGAACGGGGCAGUCAGGGUUACCUCUUAAUCCUGUCUAGGGUUGUAAACAUGGAGCCUGAAUCCAGAAAAUUUCCCAAAAUUCUGAAAGUAUUUUUUCCCAGAAAUCCCUGCCUGUAUGAAUACAUAAUGAGUGAUUCCUCCAACCUGAAAUUCUUCACGUGGGAUUUCUGAAAAAGCAGGGGACUUUUGGGAAUGUUUCGGGACUUUUUGCAUUUGCAACCCUAAUCCUACUUUGACAACCAAAGUCCAGGUACCUUUACAAAGGGCUAUAGUCACAUGUUUGAUGGAACCUGAUGCCAAAUAAUAUUUUUUGUCUCGUUUUGUACCUGCUGUGGCUUUACAGUACAUCAUGUUUUCUAUAGCAGUAUGGCGUUCAUACAAAAGGACUGUUUUUGGGGGUGGGGGGCAGUGGGCAUAGCCAUGGGCUGUUGGACUUAACUGACUCCUGUUGUUCAACUGAGAUUAUUACUCAACUGACAUUCUCAUAGUUGUGUUACUGUUCAACUGAGAAUAUUCUAGGUGGAUGUGACAGUGUUCASUCUGAUGGUUUGACUUGCGGUUGUAGACAGAGAUGUACAAACUUAGUAGCUACAUUUUUUUUUUUUUAUAUCUACCUUCCUGCCGAGACACUAUUACGUCUAUCAAAAUGCAGUGUCUAGGUUUUACAUCACUCAGUAUGGAAUAGACAUUACAGAAUAUAAUGCAAUAUAUACAAUUUAAACAGUUACUUUAGACAACUGCCUUUGUAUUGGAAUAUGUUUAUACUCUUUUGUUUUAUAGAAUAUGGAAAAUAGAUUGCCAUGUUGGCAGUUUGAUUUUGUUAUUUUUUUUGCAGAUGAGUACAAUGGAUAUUUUUGACUUUUUUAAGUAACAAUGAAACAGAAGCAUUUCUGUGUUUAAAAAAAUAUUWUUUUUUUUCUGAUGCACUAGCACUUUUAAUCAGUAUUUUACUAGUACUAAAUGUGAGAGGUAGUUGAUGUCAUUUUUUUUGUUAUUCUUGCGUUUACAUUUUGUUGGUUUUACAUUUUUAUUUGAAUCAUUUAGCUAACGCUCCUCUCUUCGAAGGCAGCGGAUAAAUCUAGAAGGAGAGAGGAAGUCACAAUAAACAGUUGCAUCUGAA